AUGGCGGCUUCUGAAGGGACACCACCAGCAACAGGAGGAGGAGGAGGAGGAGGAGGCAAGGAGGUAGCAGCGGCAGUAGUAGGGGCAGCAGGAGGCGGUGGCGGGGAGGGUCUUGCUCUCCCGCCCUCGACACCCUCAGAGCCCGGCACUCCGCCGACCACGAGGACCCAGCACGCCCCGGGGUCAUCUUCCCCACGCAGAAGGCGAGUGUCGGCGGCCUCAAGUACAGCCUCGGGGGCCUCCUUAGCCUCCCUCCUGGCCAAGCUCCAUCACCCGCCCUCCUCCAGCUUAUCUCUCGAAGGGAAACUCAGGAUACGCGCCACGCUGGACUGCGGGAGUGACGUGCUGGGCUGCCGGUUCUCUCCUGACGGGUCCUUGGUGGGGGCGGCGCUCAGGUCAGGCCAGGUCAAGUUCUUCACGCAGGCCGCCACGCUCUCACACACCUUCCAGCUGCCGGGGGAGGCGCCUCGCAUCCCGCCCGCCGCCACCUCCAUCGUGUGGGUGCCCGGGGGCCCAAGCCAGACCGUUGUCACUACCUACUCCGACGGGCGGCUGGUGGCGUGGCGCGGGCGGGGGGUGGGCGUGGAGGUGUCCGGGGCGGGGGUCGACGUGCGGGCGGCGGCGGUGGGCGGCCUGGAGGGUCAACUGGUCACCUACACGAGGGAGCAAGUCACCCUGAGAGAUCUGACCACCCUCAGCCCUACCCUCACCCUGGAUCCGGGAGUGGGCGGGCAGCUGGUCGGCCGCGGUCCCCUCUGGGCGGUGUGCGGACGCGGUCGUGAGGUGGUGGGUGGAGGGUGUGGGCUAACGUGGUGGGACACUAGGACGGGGGCGGCGACCAAGAGUGUGGGCGGGGUGCAGGUGCGUGGCCCCGCCCUGGCAUCCAACCCCCACUCAGGAAAGUUGUUGAGUGGAAACUGGGGCGGAGGCCAGGACAGCGUCAAGGUAUGGGAGUCAUCCAGCGCCAAGCUCACCCACGUCCUCCACUCAGAGUCAGCCCACACCUCGGUGUACUGCGCUACGUGGGUCGGGAAGGACAUGGUGGUGGUGGGCGGAGCGGACCCCAACUUGCUGCGGCUGGCGACACUGGACAACACGACGGUGGGCGUGUUGCGUGGCCUCAGACAACCCCUGUGGUGCGUGGACGCCUUCGUAGCGCGCCCACACCAGGGGACGCGCAUCGCAAUCGCCUCGGGGACAUCCCUCUACCUCCUCGAUGUCCUGAAAUAGACACGGAGGAACUCGCCUGAACUUACCUUCUGACCUUACUUGACCUGGUAACCUGCCUGCUGUUUGGUUGACCCUGCAUCCUCCUCUCCCCUCUCUUCCUUCUGACCUGGUGAGCUUGUUUUUGUUUUGUUGUUUUGUUAUUGUUGUGAUUUGGUGACCUGUAGUGUAUGUAGUUAGUCUUUUGUUUCUUUGUGUCUUAUUUUCUGGUUCUAUGUUUAUCUUUUAUUCCUUUUCUUUAUUUCUGGUUUAUCAUUAUUUAUCCAUGUGAUCGGCCCCAGUCCGUUGUUGAUGCAGGCGAAUUUUUUUUAUAGUGAUGCUGAUUUUUUUUCUGUUGUGGGGGUUCGUUGAUAUUUUUCCUCAUUUAUUUAUUUAUUUAUGUUAUUUAUUUAUUUAUUUAUUUAUUUAUAUUUGUUUAUUUUUAAUGGUGUUUGCUUUCAUUCCCUCGCCCCCACGAAGCCUACCAAUGUGUCCUUUUACUUAGAGCACGGCAGUUUUAUUUAUUUCAUACCCGCUACUUUUUUUUUCAUGGACAGAGAGACUUCCUUACCUGAUGAAUGAUAUUAGUGUGACAGAACCCCGCGAAGGACGAGUUUAUACAGAAAUCUAAUGUAAUCUAUCAACUUGAGGGUUUUGUAUUCCUUAUCAGUGAAUUGUCAAUGGCAAUAGAUCUAUUUUUGGCCACUCUACUCUAUUUAGGAGCAGCAAGUAGCGGGCUUUUUUUCAUUAUUUUCUUUUUUUUUUACGCCCUUGCACUGUCCCCUCUGCUAUAAAAAAUGAUACCUGAUGAAUGAUAUUAGUGUGACAGAACCCCGCGAG